AUGUUGAGCGCUUUGUUUCUGUAAGUGAGACGCGAUGAUGGAACAGAGCUGGAGCUCUUUCUUAUUCCAGCAGGCUAAUGAAGCCCUUCACCACCAGCAUCAGGUGGCUCAUAACAGCUUGCUGCCUCUACUAAAUUCUGAGCCGCAGGACCAGAAGCCUGUGAUGCCCAUUCCACUGGACCAUAAACCUCCUGUCAGCGCCGCUGAGCUCCUCAAAGACAACGUAGCCAGUGGGACAGGUGGAGGAGGGGGUGGGAACGGUGGUGGGGGCUGUCCAAUGCCUGUCAUCAAGAAAGAGCACAAGAGCAAAACGCCGUUCAUCUGUGGCUACUGUAACAAGGCAUUCCGUGACAGCUACCACCUCCGCCGCCACGAGUCCUGCCACACUGGCAUCAAAAUGGUGUCCAGACCCAAAAAGACGGCACAAGCCGCGCCCACCAUGGUCCCGCUCAUCCCCACCAUGUCCCGUGAGAACACAGGUGACCCCUCUUACAUCUCUACCAUCGCUGGCAUCUUCUCCACAGCAACUACUUCCACGUCCUCUUCUUCCACAAUCAUGUCCCCGACGUCCAUGACCAACAUGACCCUGCACAGUGCCCCCAAAAAGCCCCCUAAGCCUGUAAAGAAGAACCACGGCUGUGAAAUGUGUGGGAAAGCGUUCCGAGACGUUUACCAUCUUAAUCGUCACAAGUUGUCGCACUCGGACGAAAAGCCGUUUGAGUGUCACAUAUGCCAGCAGCGGUUCAAGAGGAAAGAUCGCAUGACCUACCACGUGCGCUCGCAUGACGGAGGCGUACACAAACCUUACGUCUGUUCCGUGUGUGGAAAGGGUUUCUCAAGGCCUGACCAUCUCAGCUGCCAUGUGAAGCAUGUUCAUUCCUCAGAGAGACCUUUCAAAUGCCAAGUAACGGCCUGUACAUCAGCCUUUGCCACCAAAGAUCGCCUCCGUUCACACAUGAUUCGGCACGAAGGGAAAGUCACCUGCAAUGUGUGCGGAAAGAUGCUGAGUGCCGCCUACAUCACCAGCCACUUAAAAACACACAGCCAGACCAACUUAAACAACACUUGUAACAAAGGAGACUGGCAGUGGAACUACUCAGUGCCACGAAAAGACAACACUGACAUCUGCAACUCUGCCUCUACCACAACGGUCACAGCCUCCACCGCCAUUACCACAGCAAUGAACCGCGGCAACACCAGCAACCCUGUUACUAUAGCAGCCCAGAUGAACAUCUCCACCAACACGGUCAACAUCACAUCUCCUGUCAGCCUUCAGCAUCCAGUCACAAUCACUGGCCCCGUGAACAUCGCCUCCGUCAACAUCCCAGCAACGAUGCCCAUGAAUAUCGCCCACCCUGUGGCCAUCACCACGCCCAUGUCCAUGAACAUCGGCACCCCUCUCAACAUCGCCAUGAGACCCAUGGACAGCAUGAGCUUCCUGUCCCAAGUCCUUCCAUCGUCUUCUCACUGGUAGAGACCAGAAAUGGGUUGUAAACGGACUCACCUGAACAGCCUUCUGCCCUCACAUUCAUCUGAUUUCCACCCUGACCCCCAACACCUGUGUGGCAUUAAAGGAUUAGUUCACCCAAAAAAGGAAAUUUCUGUCAUCAUUUACUCCAACCUUUAUGUUGUUCCAAACCUGUAUGACUUUCUUUCCUUCAUGGAACACAAAAUGAGAUAUUAGGCAGAAUGUUAGCCUUUCCAGAGUGCAUGAUGACAGAAUAACAUUUUUGUGUGUGAACUCUCUUUAACCAACCCAACACAUGGCUGCAUCCCAACACUAGUGGAAGUUUUGCUAAGGCUGAUUUACCUCUCUGUUGGAUUUCUGACCAUGGUUUUACUUUUGUGUGCAUGGUGAACAGCUGUGUAGCGGGGCGUUCGUAAGCUCAUCUGAGCACUUUGACCCUAACAACAGAUUUUUCUAAAGGACAAAUGCAAUAAUUGAUGUGCAUUUUGAACACUUUUUAUAAGUGUCGGUGGGUUUUUCAAUGUUAUGGAGGUAUAACCUGCGAGUCAGUAUUUAAGGAAAUUAGUUCAAAAGGAACAACUGCUUCCAUUGGGAGGGAGGAUUUUUUUAAAUAUUUUUUUGUAAACUGACGUAUUAUUUGGAAUUUUUCAUAGGAGUGUGAGUGUAUUUUUGAAGAGGUACAGUUGUGUAUGCUGGCUUUUUUUAAGACCAUCAGUUGUGUACUGUUUGUUGCUAUCUUUAUAAGAGGGUAAAUCUCACGAAAACAUGUUUGCAUUAUAUUUCACCCCCAAAGCAGAAGAGUAAGUAAUAAUAUUCUGCAUAAACAAAAUGAAGCCUAUAUUAGGACCAUUAAGACUUUUUUGCAUCAAGACGCAAAUUCUCAUGAGCGUAAUUUAGUAAUAAACUGUAUAAACAAUUUUUUUAUUUAUGUCAGCAUAAUAAUAUUAUGCAUAAUAAUUUGAAGGUUGAACAACACAUGCUUCCAUUAUUAAUAAAUUAGUUACAAUUUAAAAACAAAAUAUAUAUAUUUAUAUAUAUUUUUUUUUUUUGGAGGGGGGCUGAAAUGCGCUUCAUUUUCUUUUAAGCAAUGUAUAACUUAUUUAUUUAUGUCUUUUGAUUUUGGAGUGGCCCGGACAUCUUUCUUCACAAGUUUCGUGAGAUUCAUCCUUGUAUUGUUUAGCAGGACACUUUACAACAAUUAUUGUUUUCUUGCUGUGAAUGGAGGGCAGCUUUGUUCUCUUAUUGUUUACGUGGCCAUUGUUAGGGGUUGUAAGUGUAUUUUUUCAUACAGAAUGGAGAGGAAAAGGUCUUGCACUGAAUGCAUAUCCCUAGUCUAAAGAGGCAGUAUUAUCUCAUUAACAAAUAUGAUGGUAUGGCUCUGACGCAGCUGGCACACUUUAUGUGGACUUGUGGUCUUGUCUCCAUCAUUUGCGCAUGGGGUGUCCCAUUUUUCAUUUUAUGAUUCAGAAUAUUUAAAUACUGGUGAGGACUUCACAUUGAACUUCUACCCUUCGUGCUCAAUGCAGCAUUACUUCACUUUGACAUAAGUAACGAGCUCAUUUAGAACAGCACAGUUUAGUGUUUGGAGUCCUGCAUUAAUGCCCUUGCAAGUUUUCAUGUGGAUGUUUGUUGCCUAAGUUUCUAGUUUCCAGUAUUUUAUAAAGAUUAUUUUUCUUCUUUAUGUUCUGUUCAAGAGAUGUGCCGAGAAUAGUCCAGUAAACUGUUAUUCAUUUCCUUAAUUUUCUUUCUAUUGGCUUUAAUGUAACUCGACAUGGCCCUAAAGUUAUUCAAGUAAAUAUAUUUCUUUUCUUUUUUUUUUGAGUGAAAGCAGAAAGACAUCUCUCAGUUGCCAGUUUUUUUACCAACAUCAGCAUCGGUUCUUUUUGUAGUGGUACCACCCUGCGCAUUUAAAUUGGUUCAAGUAUUUCAUAUUGUGCCUGCUCAAAUGUUGAUGAUUCUGGAGGUAUUGUUCUCUAGCUAAAGCCCAGGCCUUGCCUGCAUAAAAGCAUGUCCUCAGUUUAAAAUAAUUUAUAUGGGACAAUUCUUGGAAAGUUCUAUGCUAUGUUGAGUGGUCACAAGCUGGUCUGUUUGAACUCAAGAGUGAACAUACUUGACAGUAUAAGUAUGAAGAGUGUACUGUCACUCACUACAGUGGUCUGGAGCCAGGGACUGUAGGUACUUUUUGGCAUCCACUUCUAAUAUAUGCUUCCUGCAGUUGGAGCAACUGCCAGAGUGAAGAGAAUGCUGUAGUGAAAACACUAAUAAUUUGACUCAGUAGUAUGCAAUCCUGGUGGGUAGUAUUCCUGCCAAUCUGUGAUGUGAGAUGCAAUCCGUGUUGUCUGAAUGGAUGCCGUCCACACCAGCACUGAGACUCAGGAAGGUGCAUUUCCUGAUCAGACUAUUUGAACCCAUGAUCUGCGUGUGAGUGAGUGAGUGAAGCAUUUGAUUCUCCCAUUACACUAGAACAUACUAAAGCAUGUUGCCAUAGUUUAGUUUGUGGGAGAUUAAGAAUGCGUGUUCAUGCAUUUCUUUGGUAGAUGCAUUAUGAUUGCCUCUUUCAUUUGCCAAAUUCAAACCAAUAAUGAAAUACAAUUAAGUGAUUUUGUUUUUAUUUUUAUUGAUUCUAAUGUUGUUUUAAUUCAGUUGAUGAACUGGAUGAUUUUGGAGCCCCUGUGAAAGCCGUUGAAUGUAUAUGUUUGUACAGAACUGUUUAGCCUUGAGGAUCUUAGAGUACAGAUAGACAAGUGAGCGAAGAAAAGCUAAGUAACCUUUUACAAAACUUUUGUAUUAGUACAUUAACGAUGGUAAUUUUGUAUAUAAGACUAGGCUUUCCGAGUAGCAGAAAGGAAAAACAUUCCUACAUUUUUUUUAAAUGUAAAUUUGUCAGAAAUAAUUAUGUAAACAUGCGCAAUGUUUUAUGUGCCUUUUAUUUGGGUUGUCUAAAUAAAAGAAAACUGUAAA